UUCCCCCAAAGUGAAUUGUGCUUGAAUUACCUCGAUUUAGCUCUGAUUUGUCAAACGAAAGCUAUCUUCUAUGCAGUAGAUAAAGAUAAAGGUGUUCUAUACCUUCUCCAAGUUCUGUUCAGGAUACCAUUUGGUUGGUGCAGAAACAUAAAAUAAACAGGUAUUUUGUUUGAUUUGGGAAGAAAACUAAGGUAGGACUAGUCCAAAAGAGGAGGGCAAUGGUCUGUCCUUUUCUCUGUGGAAACUUUAUUUUAAAUAUACAGUAUUUGUAAUGCUUGCAGAAGGUAUAUAUAGCAUUAGGAAGCAUUUGAAAGCCAAGUCCUGUAUUUACAGCAGUUGCAGUAGCAAGUGCAAACUUCCCCAGAUUGGCCUGCCAAUGUGCCUGGAUCCUAGUCUGAGGAGACCACUUCUAGGGUUGAAUAGAAUAGGCCUCCUUGCGCAUCCAUUUAGUUUUUGGCAUUUCUGCUAAAUCUGCCACUAAGAAUUCAACUGUAUUGGGGGUGGGGGGUCCUCUAUAUCAUAGAAUUAUAAAAAUGUAGAACUGGAUGGCACCUCGAGAGGUCAUCUAGUCCUGCCCCCUGUGUUGAGGCAGGAUCAAGUAAAUUUAGACGAUUCCAGUAUCUUUCCAGAUAUCAAAAUUAGUCGGACUGGUCUACAAUGCCCUGGCUCCUCUGUUCCCCUUUUUAAAGAGAGGUACUUUGUUUGCCCUUCUCCAGUCCUCUGGAAUCUCACCUGUCCUCUGAGUUAUCAGAUAAUUGCUAAAAUUCCAAGAUUGCUUCAGCUAGUUCCUUAAGUACCCUUGGUUGAAUUUCAUUAGGCCCUGCCAACUUGAAUAAACCUAUCUUCUCUAAAUAUUCUUUAACCUAUUCUUUCCCUAUUUUGUCUUCUGUUCCUUGCCCAUUGUUGUUAAUAUUAAUUAUAUUAGUCUUUAGUCACCAUUUACCCUUUUAAUGGAGAUUGAAGCAAAAUAUGCAUUAAACAUAUCAGACCUCUUGAGAUCAUCAGUUCUUAGCUUUCCUUCCCUGCUAUAUAGAGGACCCACACUAUUCUGAACUCUGUUUACCAUUACCAAUCUAGCCCCUCUUUGAACUGGAAUUUUUACAAAAGAUAAGCAGUAUUUUGAAGACUUUUCAUUGAAAUUAAGACUUCAGAGGUCUUGUAGGCAACACUUAUUACCACAGUGUUGCUAAUAUGCUGUAUAUGGAAGCUAGGGGCCAAAUUCAGCCUUGGCGUAAGUGAGUAGCAUUAUAGUGAAGACACUUGAAUUGUGCCUGCUUUCACCAGGACUGAAUUUACCCUACAUCCUUACCAGCUAGGUUUGUCUUUGCCCUCUAAUACAUUUCGCUAUCACAAUCUAAUGAAUCAUGUUUAAAAAGAGAGUGCUUAGAUAUUUAGGCAAUUUUUUCUCUGUAUCUCGAGUCUCCGGGUUAAUUCCUAUAAUAAAGCUAAUUCUGAAAGAUAAGAGAGCCCCCAUCAAUAUAAUCUUUAUUCUUAUUAAUAAUUUAUGUUAAAUCCUAAAAAAAAAUAAUGAAAAAUCUGAUUCGCCUAAUAGGGUCCUUACAUAUCUACCAUAUAGAUGCUUGUUCCAAUGGCCAAAAAUCGCUCAAUCAUUACAGUUGCCAAAAUUGCAACUAAGGUCAACGAACAUAGGGGCAACCUCUGUUCCAGUCUAAUCUAUUUAGAGUCUUAAAUAUGUUAAUGAUGUGUGUGGUAUAAGAGCCUUGGGGUCCUUAAAAUAGGUACAAAUUGCAGACACAUAUCCAAGAGCAGAAUUGGCUGUUAAUUUUUUGUGUUAUGAUUUUUGGGUUGCAUAUGCUGCUAUAUGGCAUCACUGUUCAUGGAGGCAAGCCCUUUGUCUCAUUUGAUGAGUUAAUGAAAGGCAAGCAGGGACAUGAAUGUCCUGUGCACAAACUUGCCAUGCGGACACUGCCACCAGCACUUUUAAUGCAUAGUAGCAGUGUCCCUGUGUCAAGUCAGUGCAUGGCAAGCUGGUGUGCUAUAGAUUCAUACCCUGGCUUGCUGCAUGCUAACUCACUGAGUAGACAAGCCCACCCUAGGCCCUGUCUAUGCUGAUGACGGUAUGGCUACACUUGCGAGUUAGAGUGCAAAAAAGCAGCCCUGGGCGCCCUAACUCACGACGCGUCCACACUGGCAAGGCACGUAGAAAUCCCAGACUCCACGGCUGGAAUGCUUCUGGUAAUCCACCUUGACGAGAAGCAUAACGCGUCCUGCGUCCCGGCUGGGUGCCACCGUUAAUGCGCUCAGAUCGGCCUCCAGAAAUGUCCCACAAUGCCUGUUCUAGCCACUCUGGUCAUCACUUUGAACUCUACUGACCUGCCUUCAGGUAACCAACCAUCAGACCCACCCUUUAAAUUAUCUGGGAAUUUUGAAAAUCCCCUUCCUGUUUGCUCAGCCAGGGGUGGAGUGCUCUCAGCGAAUCUUUCCAGGUGACUAUGCCUUCACGCGCCAGGCGAUCCCCAGUAUGGAGCAAUGGUGAGGUGCUGGACCUCAUCAGUGUUUGCGGGGAGGAAGCUGUCCAGUCCCAGCUGCGCUCCAGCCAUAGGAAUUAUGAUACCUUUGGGCAGAUAUCAAGGGACAUGAUGGAAAGGGGCCAUGUCCGGGAUGCACUACAGUGCAGGGUUAAAGUGAAGGAGCUGCAGAAUGCCUACCACAAAGCCCGUGAGGCAAACAGCCGCUCCAGUGCUGCCCCUGUGACCUGCUGUUUCUACGAAGAGUUGGACGCGAUACUUGGGGGCGACCCCACCUCCACUCUGAGGACCAUCAUGGACACUUCAGAGCCCAGUUCAACAAGGCAGGAGGAGGAAACCAGGAGCAAGGGUGCUGAGGAGGAGGGAGACACCCCGUCAUCCCUAGAUGCAUGCAGCCAAGAGCUGUUUUCAAGCCAGGAGGAAGGUAGCCAGUCACAGCGGCCAGUGCUUGGGGAAGGACAAACACCAGAGGAGGUGCCCAAUACAAUCUUGAGAUCUCAGCCGUCCGUGUUAUCACCGGCCGAAAGACUCCAAAGAAUUAGGAAGAGACCACGUAGAAGCAAAGAGGACAUGCUGCAUGGAGUAAUGCAGCAGUCCCUUAAUGAAAAUCAAAAAGCACAGGAGUGGUGGGAGAGAGAAAGGAGGGUCCGCCAGCAGAAUGCAGAUGACCAGCACCAAAGCACAGAGCGGCUGCUAAGCAUUAUGGAGCGCCAAGCGGACUCAAUACAGGCGCUUGUAGCUAUGCAGGCGGAACACUACUAUGCCUGCCCCCCCCUGCAGCCCUUGUCCCAAAACUCUUUCCCUUGUGCCCCCAUGUCACCUCCAACCCCCUCCCCCCCCCCGGGUUCUUAUUGCCACCAGCUGCCUCCAACACCUGUAGCUUCACCAUCCAGCCCGGCAAACUACAACCCUUACCUACUCCACUCAACCCCCAUCACCAUGCAUUUUAGCCAGCCUGAAGUGCAGCACUCCCACCGUUACUUGCACUGAUGAAACUGCGUAAGUGCUAAAGCAAUGGUGGGAGAAUCUCAUUAAAAAAAUCAGUAUAAUUACAGCCCUCAAGACUCAACAAUUACAUAUGAGCAUGCUGAAAUGUGGUUUAGAGCCCUUGCUUCCCUUGGGGAAUCCUUGAUUAAUUAUAGGUAACUAUAGAGGUUACACCUAGUUUGGUGAAUGGGUUUUGCCAAAGCAAACCUCCAAGCUGACCCAAAUGUGAAACCAGAAUAAUUUGUUUUUAUGAUCAUGUUCUGUUAUAACAGGAUUCUGGAAAGCCUUCUAUAGCUUUCGGACAUUUAUUCUUGAUUUCAGGAGAAGUUGCAAAAUAUAGUUGAAUGAUUCCUAUGUUUUAUUUUUCAUGGUGGUGUUCUUAGGAGGGCUGGAGUUUGGGAAGGGAAAGCAUAAAUACCUAACAAGUAAAACGAAAAAAAUAAAUCCAUCUAACUCGGCAUUUAUAUCA